AGAAAGCACCUGCAAUUUACGAAACUACCCCCAAAGUUUAUAUAUUAUUAUUUAUUCACGAUUCAUUAGUCUGUGAAGGUUCUGGUUUGUUUCUCAUUUUCCACCGUUCGGUCGUCUCUCCCGAAUCGCCUAAUUCCGAUCUUCUCCUCCGCGUCCCAAUCCAUGGCCAGAGGCACCUCUCAAUCUCAAUCUGCAUCCUCUUCGACAUCCAGACCUGGCGUCGCGGCUCCGCGUGGCUCCGCGGCGGCGACCGCCGGCCUCCGUCGACGUCGUCUCACAUCCACUGGUUCCGCCGGCUCUGGUGGAGUUGUUGGCGCCGGAUCGAGUGGCGGUGGCAACAUGUUGAGGUUCUACACCGACGAUGCUCCUGGCUUGAAGAUUUCCCCCACCGUCGUCCUCGUCAUGAGCCUCUGUUUCAUCGGAUUCGUUACCGGCCUCCACGUCUUUGGUAAGCUCUAUCGAGCGCGAUCCGGCGCGGGAGUUUAAUCCUUUUGUCAUUUUCGAAUAUCUUGUUUUUUCGGAUCUUUUCAUUCCUUAGAUAAAAUGUUCUUCGGGUUUCGCAUCUGACCUGAUGACAUAACGCUUUGUUCUCGGUUUUUGCUCUGUAAAUUACACAAUCGUUGUGGUCCCUUGAGGUUUCAAUUUUGUCAAUUGUGGACGAAUCAAAAGGAACUAGAUAGUUCUUUUGCUCAUUUGUUCUCUUAGCUCAAUCCACUUCCUGCGACUGAUGCGGAUUGCAGGGGUUCUCUAGUCUGUAUAUGGUUCGUGUUUUCACUGAAAAUUGGGGUUUUAUAUGCUAUAAAUAUAUCUGUUUCUUCUAGGUUUCA